AUGUCCCAAGGGGAGAAGACCUGUGAGAAGUCUGGUGAGGGCCUUCUCCCAGGUUCCAGGGUGGACGAACAGGCAGAGGCAAAACAGUGUGACAUCACCAUCCUCCCACCUGAACGCCCAGAGGUCCCAAAUGGGAAUGUUCGCAUCUACCAAAGAGGGGUCAGAGUCACGAGCGUGGACUGGCAGCGGUCGAGGAACGGUGCUGCCCACCACACUCAGGAGUACCCAUGCCCUGAGCUGGUGGUUCGCAGGGGUCAGUCCUUCAGCCUCACCCUGGAUCUGAGCGGAGACCUGGACAGCGAGGAGACCCUCAUCUUCACUGUGGAGACAGGGCCCAAGGCUUCCGAGGCCCUCCACACCAAAGCUGUGUUCCAGACAGCGGAGCUGGAGGUGGACGAUGCCUGGACAGCAGUGAAGGAGGCGCAGACAGGGAACUCCAUGACCAUCAGCCUCGCCAGCCCUCCCGAUGCUGUCAUCGGCCGCUACCUGCUGAGCGCCAGGGCUUCCUCUCGCCGGAAGCACAGUGACCGGAAGCUGGGAGAGUUUGUUCUCCUUUUCAAUCCGUGGUGUCCAGAGGACGAUGUAUUUCUGGACUCGGAGGAGGAGAGACAGGAGUACGUGCUCAACGACAGUGGCAUCAUCUUCCGAGGCGUGGAGAAGCACAUCCGAGCCCAGGGCUGGAACUACGGGCAGUUUGAGGAGGACAUCCUGGAUAUCUGCCUCUCCAUCCUGGACCGGAGCCCCAGUCACCAAGAUGACCCAGCCACUGACGUGUCCCACCGUCACGACCCCAUCUAUGUCACCAGGAUCAUCAGCGCCAUGGUGAACAGCAACAACGACCGGGGCGUGGUGCAAGGUCAGUGGCAGGGCAAAUACGGCGGAGGCACCAGCCCACUGCACUGGCGCGGCAGCGUGGCCAUCCUGCAGAAAUGGUUCAAGGGCAGGUACAAACCAGUCAAGUACGGCCAGUGCUGGGUCUUCGCUGGAGUCAUGUGCACAGUCCUCAGGUGCUUGGGGAUCGCCACACGGGUGGUGUCCAACUUCAACUCAGCCCACGACACUGACAAAAACUUGAGUGUGGACAAAUAUGUGGACUCCUUCGGGCGGACUCUGGAGGACCUGACAGAAGACAGCAUGUGGAAUUUCCACGUCUGGAACGAGAGCUGGUUUGCCCGGCAGGACCUGGGUCCCUCUUACAAUGGCUGGCAGGUUCUGGAUGCCACCCCCCAGGAGGAGAGUGAAGGUGUGUUCCAGUGCGGCCCAGCCUCAGUCACCGCCAUCCGCGAGGGUGACGUGCACCUGGCCCAUGAUGGCCCCUUCGUGUUUGCGGAGGUCAACGCGGACUAUAUCACCUGGCUGUGGAAUGAGGAUGAGAGCCGGGAGCGUGUGUACUCGGACACCAAGAAGAUAGGAAGAUGCAUCAGCACCAAGGCGGUGGGCAGUGACUCCCGCGUGGACAUCACAGGCCUCUACAAGUAUCCAGAAGGGUCCCGGAAGGAGAGGCAGGUGUACCGCAAGGCGGUGAAGAAGCUGUUCAGCGUGGAAUCCUGGGGCCGGAGGACUUGGAUCCGCAGGGCCGGCGGGCGUGGUCUCUGGCGAGACGACCUCCUGGAGCCCGCCACCAAGCCCAGCAUCGCCGGCAAGUUCAAGAUGCUGGAGCCGCCGGUGCUGGGCCACGACCUGCAGCUGGUUCUGUGCUUGACCAACCUCACCUCCCGCGCCCAGCGAGUCCAGGUCAAUCUGAGCGGCGCCACCAUCCUCUACACCCGCAGGCCGGUGGCAGAGAUCCUGCACGAGUCCCACGCAGUAAGGUUGGGUCCACAAGAAGAGAAGAAGAUUCCAAUAGCGAUAUCUUACUCUCAGUAUAAAGAAGACCUGACGGAAGAUAAGAAGAUACUUUUGGCUGCCAUGUGCCUGGUCUCCAAAGGAGAGAAGCUCCUGGUGGAGAAGGACAUUACUCUGGAGGACUUCAUCACCAUCAAGGUGCUGGGCCCAGCCGUGGUGGGGGUGGCGGUUGCGGUGGAAGUGAUGGUGGUCAACCCGCUCCUGGAGAGAGUGGAGGACUGUGUGCUGAUGGUGGAGGGCAGUGGCCUUCUCCAGGGACAGCUCAGCAUAGACGUGCCCAGCCUGCAGCCCCAGGAGAAGGCCUUGGUCCAGUUCAACAUCACCCCAUCCAAGAGUGGCCCAAGACAGCUGCAGGUGGACCUUGUCAGUCACCACUUCCCGGACAUCAAGGGCUUUGUGAUUGUUGACGUGGCCACAGCCAAGUGACAGACCUCUGAUGAUUGCAGGGGAGGAUUCGGCCUCUGUCUUGCUUCUCUGCACCUUUCUGUGGGAGCCGAGAGGCCUGCUUCAGUCUCUGCCCUACUCUGUGAAUUGAGGCAAGCCUCUUGCCUUGCAGGUUAAUCCUUAAACUUUUGGACAAAUGGAUGAAAUAAGAACCUACGGAUCCCUAUCCCUUCUCAUCACCCUCCUGACUGGGCGCAAUUGACACCUCCAAGAGUCCUGGUCACCCUGGCCCAUUCAGCUCUGGCCUCUGUGCCCAGACAGCUCAUCUCUCCUGUGUCUCUCUCAACUCUUCAAAUGCCCCAGCCACGUCCAGACCCCAGAGUCCUCUCCCAGUCCCCCAGGACUGACAGAGAACCCAGAACGUUAGAGCCGGAAGCUAAGCAUCCCUCAGCACUCCCCUACAGAAGGGAGGAGACGGCCGAGGCCGGCAAGCUGGGGGCAGAGUCGCCCUGCGCCUGCUAUUUGCCUCUCUUCAUUUUACCCAAAGUCACAUUCCUGAGAAGCAUUCGAUUUUAAGCAGAGGAGAG